AGCGCCGUCGGUGUGCGCUGGGGACCGGAGCGGGAGGGGCAGCUCCUCAUCCCACCUCCAGGAAGUCAAACUGAAGGGAGGAGGGCAAACUCGGAGAGGCGGGGCUCGGUGCCACGGAGAAGCCGGGACGACCCGCGGCCCCCCCACCCCCACCCGGUCCCAGAUCCGGGAUACCAGCGCUAGCCGCGGGGUCUGCGCGCGCUCUCAGCCAGAUGGCGGACCCCUGCCCAGAUCGUGAAUCAGAGCUCGAAUCCGUGUUCCCGCGGGAAGUCGGGCUCUUCGCGGACUCUUACUCGGAGAAGAGCCGGUUCUGUUUCUGUGGGCACGUGCUGAGCAUCACACAGAACUUCGGGUCCCGCCUUGGGGUGGCGGCGCGCGUGUGGGACGCGGCUCUGAGCCUGUGCAACUAUUUUGAAAGUCAAAAUGUGGAUUUCCGAGACAAGAAAGUGAUCGAACUAGGCGCAGGGACGGGCAUCGUGGGGAUCUUGGCCGCGCUGCAGGGGGGGGAUGUUACCAUCACUGACCUGCCCCUGGCCCUAGAGCAGAUCCAGGGCAACGUCCAGGCCAAUGUGCCAGCUGGAGGCCAGGCCCAGGUCCGCGCCUUGUCCUGGGGGAUUGACCAGCAUGUCUUCCCUGGAGACUAUGACCUGGUGCUGGGGGCUGAUAUCGUGUACCUGGAGCCCACCUUCCCACUGCUGCUGGGCACUCUCCAACACCUAUGCGGGCCCCAUGGCACCAUCUAUCUGGCCUCCAAGAUGAGAGAGGAGCACGGGACAGAGAGCUUCUUUCAGCACCUCCUGCCCCAGCAUUUCCAACUGGAGCUGGCCCAGCGGGAUGAGGAUGAGAAUGUCAACAUCUAUAGGGCCAGGCACAGGGAACCAAGACCUGCUUGACAUCACCCUUCUGCUCCUCUGAACCCCUUGUCCUAUGAAAGGAACUGCUGUAUCUCCAAAGCCAUAAACAAGGGAAAGAAAAGUCUGGGUUUCCCUUGCCUCUCUCUUUCCUCCUUCCCUCUUUGUUGCCCCAGAUACUCUUAGGCUGAUGCAGGGAGGUGCCUGCUUGCUAGGAAUCUUAGAGCCCUAAAUAGCACUGGGUUAGAGCACAAAGGAAGUUCCCAGUUCCCAUUCUCAGAGGACGAAACGAGGAAGGUGUCCAGGAUUUUUAGGGGUGGGGGAGGCAAAUGGGAGGUGAGAUCAUUGGCUGCAGAGAGACUGUUCCUGAACCCUUCCAGUCCUGCUGUUGUUUUUUUAUACAGAAUGGACUUUUUUUUUUCCUGCCAGAUUCGAAUGGAAUUUUUUUUUAAAGGGAAAGAAGAUCAUCUCUGCAUCCAAUGAACUCAUGCUUUUGCUGGGGGGCUAGGAAGGAAGAAACCUCAGACUACACACUUCUUGCUUCUGGAGACAGAGUCUGGUGGGACCAUGGCUCUAACUGGGUCAAGUGCUGCCUGCCCUGAUGCUGGGGAUGGGCAGCAGAGCUGUCCUUUGGACUACAGCUUCUUCAUCCUUUUUGGAGCUGGAACCGUGAUCACUAAGUACUAGGUUCUUCUCAUCUUUGAGUUUUCCUUAGGUUUCCAAGCCCUGUCCUUCCUUGCUAAUGUGUUUUGUCUUCACCUCUUUUCUCUUCCCACUGCGCUACCUCUGCUUGGGGCUCUCUUUUACUCCUUGGGCCACAUAUCACCUCCUCUGGACUCCUGGCCUCCAUUCUCUCCCUUUCAAGCCACUUAUCAAACUCUUUUUGAUCUUCCCAAAUCACCUCUGAUGAGCUUCUGAUGCCUACAGCAAGAGUAAGCUCCUUGGCUUGGUACUCAGUCUAUCCUGUGUGAUCCCAAAUUACCCUUCUAUUUCAUUUUCAACUGGUUUCCUACAUGUAUUGCAACCUCUGGACAAAUUCCAAAUGUCUACUCUUUGUUCCCUAUUUCCACACCCAAAUUCCUUGUUUUCUUCAUUCUUUUUGGUGAUUCCCUGCCUGGAAGGGCUAUUUCUACCUGUCAAAAUCUUUAUUACUUUUCGCCUCUUUCCUGAAAAAAGCUUUUACGGAGCCUCCUGUUUGGUUGUGAUUUCUUUCUCCCUGGAGACCCUUUCACUAUUUGUUCAUCUUAUGGGACUUACCUUGUCUUGCGUGGUCACUUGUCUGUUCCCUAUUUUCUCACCAUUAGAUUACCUUGGACGGUAGGCUGUGGUUUACUCUUCUCUAAUUCCCUGGAGCCUAGCAGUUCCUGGCAUACAGUAGAUGUUCAGUAAAUACUUUGCUCAUUCAACAAAUAUUUAAAGGGUUUGUUGAAAGGACUCCACCCCUACUUCCUCAGGUGCCCUUGGCCAAUUUUCUGAACCGCCCCCCACCUCACAAGUUUGUUAUGAGUCCUAAAUGGAUGACUAUGAAAGAUGAACGGAAAUAAAGAAACAUAAAAUGUU